GCACCGAUAGGGCGAUUGUUUAGGAGCGGGGAACGGGAUAUAGCUAUUUACCUGAGGAGUGAAUUCAGGACGUAAUUCCGUGCCGUUACCGCGUUUGCUGUCUAUUUAAGAGUGUUCGUGCUAAAUGGAUUUUGUCGACGUCGUCGCCUUCCCGGACGUGUCUUUGGCGUAAAUAGACUGGUUUUGAAAGGUGCGAUGAAGUAGGCAGUCUCCGAGCAGCGCUAAGAUAGCGGGCUAAGCAGAUGUAAACAACGCCCGGGUCGGCUCCGAGAAACCAGGGCAAAGGCGCAGAGAUGCGCUGACGGCAGCCAGCAUAGCCAGUAUUACUACGCGCUAGACUUUGGCUUCGUUAUGGGGAUAUAAAAGGUUAGUUCCAGUACUGCUGAGGACGGCUCCCUCGUCCAUUGCUAGCUGGAUUGGUGUGUUUUCCGCUAUAGCUUCAGGCAGUACAAUAAUUCACCAACGGCAGAGAAACGUCAAGAUCCGCACAGACCGGCCUUGUGGAGAAAACAAACCAGACUUUUGGCAGCUGGCCCUUUCUGUAAAGAACAAACUAACGUUUAGGCACACCAGGGAAGAAGUUUGAUAGCUCCACGACCACGACUUUCCCGGAAAUCUUAAAUAUAAGUGGAGAACGUGAAGAAGCCUGACUGACAUGGCACAUCAGCAGAUGCCCAGCUCCCAGAAGGCCUUGAUGCUGGAGCUGAAGUCUCUACAGGAGGAGCCAGUGGAGGGCUUCCGUAUAACACUGGUGGAGGAGUCAGACUUAUACAACUGGGAAGUGGCUAUCUUCGGACCUCCAAAUACACUCUAUGAAGGAGGUUACUUCAAGGCCCAUAUAAAGUUUCCCAUUGACUACCCAUACUCACCACCAACCUUCCGUUUCCUAACCAAGAUGUGGCAUCCAAAUAUAUAUGAGAAUGGUGACGUGUGCAUUUCCAUCCUGCAUCCCCCUGUGGAUGAUCCCCAGAGUGGAGAGCUUCCAUCUGAGAGGUGGAACCCCACGCAGAACGUCAGAACCAUCUUGCUAAGUGUUAUAUCUCUGCUGAAUGAGCCCAACACCUUUUCCCCGGCUAAUGUGGAUGCUUCCGUCAUGUUCCGCAAGUGGAGGGAUAGCAAGGGAAAGGACAAGGAAUAUGCAGAAAUCAUCCGGAAGCAGGUGCUGUCCACGAAGGCAGAUGCGGAGCGUGACGGCGUCAAGGUGCCCACUACGCUCGCUGAGUACUGCAUCCAGACCAAGGUGCCUUCCCACGACAGCAGCUCCGACCUGCUCUAUGACGACCUGUACGAUGACGACAUUGAGGAGGAAGAGGAUGAUGACGAUGAGGUAGAGGCCGGUGGGCCAGCCGGAGACAUGAGUGGAGACUGCUUCGGAGAUGAGGAGGACUCCGGAAACGAGGAAUCUUGACCUUUUAGCACUUUUGACCGUGACGCCAAACCUUCCUCUCCUCCACUAUCUUCCACUCACUGUCAUGUGUCUGACUGCCUUAAUGUGUGCCCAUGAGCCUCUGUUUAGAUUGCCUGAUCCUUCGUCGUCUAAAGCCUCUUGCCUUGAGUUCUCUUCAUUCUGUACAUCCCAUUUAAUAAAGUGCUCUGUGUAAACCAUAACCCAUCUCUGAGAUCCCCAGUAAGGAAUCAAAGCAAUUGGAAUGAAUUUUUAGUGCUGCAACAAAGGUUUUAAGCAAAAACAGUGCUGUAACACCGAACAUCUAUUUUCUUUGUAAGAAAACGCUGGACAGUUUUCACUGAUUCCUCACUAGGGCCUUCAGAGAAGACUCGUAGUCAUCCUAGCAGAAAGCACAGGUCUGUCCCCACCACUCUGGAACCCACCCUUCCCUGGCUGUCUCGAAAACUCAGGGCUUUUUGGAUACUCACGCCUCUCAGUCUGCCGUUAACGACACAGCAAUUUCAAAGUGUGCUCUCGGCUCUGGUGGAGUUCAUUUUUAGAGUAUGUGUUUUUCAGGGAGGAAUUUUUUUCUCUCGUUUUCCCUCUUGUCUUGGAUAGGGCAUCAGCAUUCCCUAGCAUCCUCCCUUCCAAUGCCUCACUGAGUUUUUCUUUUGACUUCUUUCUUUCCAGUUAUGUCUUUCUAGCUUUUAACCACUCACUCAGCUCCCAUGUCCAGCAACACGGGACAAUUUCUGUCCAACGAAUGAGUCUCUCUUUUAAAAAAAAAAA